AUGUCCAGGUCUGCCCCAUCCCGCAAUCCCUCCCGCAUGGUGUGGGAGCGAGAAGAGUUCUACAAGAUGAACGUCCGCGAGCGCGUGCUCGCUCUGGAGGCCCAGAUCGUCGCCGACCCGGAGUUCUUCGGCUUCGACACGUACGCCCUCAGGGACAGCAACUCGGUCCUGGUCGAAGCCGAGCCCAACAAGACAGUCUGGGAGCUGGACAUCGGCAGCCACCUAUGCAAUAAAUCAGGCAAUCUCCACGGCGGCGCCGCGGCGACAUUGCUCGACAACCUCACUUCCACCGCGCUGGUCACGAUAGCCAAGCCGGGCUUCUUGGACGGCGGUCACGUCUCCAGGACCAUCACCAUGACCUACCUCCGGCCGGUGCCGAAGGGGAGCCGCGUCCGGGUCGAGUGCGAGACCCAGGCCGCCGGACGCAACACGGCGAACAUCGUGGGCAAGAUCUACCUGAAUGGGAAACUGUGUGUCACUUGCGUUCAUGACAAGGCUGUCUUUUCGACCGGUGCAAAAUUAUGA